AUGGCGCGUACUAUGAAAGAUAGAUAGGAUAAAAGCAAAAGCAAAUCUAAGAGUAAUUAAGUUAAUCGUGUAAAAAAACCUAUUAAAAAGUAAUCACCUAAGAAGUAAUUAUCUCCUACUACCCAAAAAGUUACUCGUUCUGUCAGUGCUUAGAGUAAAAUAAACCAUUCGGUUAGCUCUAAAAAGGGAUCAUCAAGCACAGGGAAAAAGAAAGACAUCAUAACUUCUAUGACAGCUUAAAUUUUGAAAAAAGUUUAAAAGCAAGUGAAAAGUUAUGAAACUAAUUUAUAAAAGUCAGCUGAAAAAAGUAAAAAAUAAAAGAACAUAAAAGAAGAUGAGUAAAAAAACAAUAGCUAAUCUUAUGAUAUUGAGAAGACUUUUGAUAGUUUAAAUGAUUCUGCUAAAAGAAAAAGAGCUCGUCAAUAAAAUAACUAAUAAAAGUGUUCUUCUAAGUCUCCUACCCCUUAAUAAAAAAACUCUGAGAAAAAUAAAUUAAAAACAUGCAAAAAACUGACUCGCUCAGGCAAGUAAUUUGGAGAAUUCUAAAUAAAAAAAAAUGUAGAUAUUGAAGGAGUUGAGGCAAAUAGCAAGCUCAAAUCAAAUAAAAAAUAAGCCAAAAAGGCAAAAAAUUAAGACAAGAAAAAUGAAACAAUUGAUUAAGAAGAAGAAGGACAAAGUUAAAAUUCUUAAAAUGAGUUUAUUGAUUAAGAAGAUGCCACUUAAACUAUUCGUUAUAGACGUCCCAACAAUAAUCUGUUAAUUAGAGACGAUUCCUUUAACAAAGAUUCUUCAGUUAAUAAUUAAAAAAACUUUUCUUUUUAGUAUCAUAUAAAUAACGAUUCACGCAAUAACCUUUUUAAUACUUCCUAUAUGUAAGGAAACGCUACAGUCAAUACUACUACAGCAUCUAGCAGAGGCUGUUCAAUGUCAAGAGAGGAUAUUUAAAGUGAGAAUGACUCAAUACUUAAUCCUAAAAAUUCAAGUAUCUUUUUAAUUAGAGGAAAUAACAAACCUAAGAAAACAGUGUGUACUAAAUAAGUUCCUCUCAUUUUUAAGAAGCCAACUAAUAUAAGAGAAAGUAUUCCAGUAGUGAAAACAAAAAAAUCUGAAUUAGCUAUGGAUGUAGAAUAGAAUAAUUAAUGUGAUAAGAACCAAGAAAUCCUAAGGAAGCAUGGAUCUAACUUAGAAGAUUAUUGUAUUGAUUCAGAUGGCAAGCAACUAGUAGAUAUUGUAUUUUGUUGUGAUACAACUAGCUCAAUGGGUGAAUAUUUAUAAGCUACUAUAGAUUAUAUAGCUGCUAUUUACAAGAAGACUAAACCUUUUGAGUAAAUUAUUGAUAUUAAGUAUGGCUUUGUUUGUUAUCGUGACCAUCCUCCAGAGGAAAGCAGUUAUCUCUACCGUAUCAGCAAUUUAACUACUCCACUCAAAACUAUUCAAUUUAUAUAAUAACAAGACGCUGAAGGAGGUGGAGAUACCCCUGAAGCUGUUAUGGAUGGUUUGUAUGUAGCUACUUCUGGUAUUAACUGGAGAAAAAAUUCUAUGAAAUAUAUAAUUCAUAUUGCGGAUGCCCCACCUCAUGGAGAUCUUUAUACUGGUAUUAGUGGAGGAUUCCUUAAAAGAUCAUUUGUUUGGAGGGAUGGAUGUCCUUGUGGCUUGACAAUAGAAAAAAUAGCUAAGAUUAUGAAUAAUCUCUAAAUUCAUUAUAGAUUAAUAAAGGCUGGAGACAAUAUGGAAAGAAUGGCUCAAAUAUUCAAAUCUUGUAUAUAGCACUAUGCUGAUAUUAAAGUCGAUUCUCCUUAAGGACUUGAUUUUAUUCUAAGUGAUAUGGUAGCUAAAUAGUGUUUGAGCUCUGAAGAUAUUUAAAAUAUACCUUUAGUCAAAAAAUCAAGUAAAAACAGAUCAAGAAGCCAUUCUAAAAAUAAUGAUGAUAUUGAGCAUGGCUAUUAUAAUCCAGAUUAAUCUUUUAAGGGUAUAAAUAGGACUUACUCUAAUAAUUAUUAAGCCUUUAGAAAUAGUAACUAAGAAGAGGAAGAAGAAGAAGAAAAAUAAAUAAUUAUAUAGGAAAGCUAAGAUGAUUGCUAAAGAAAAAAUUAUCAUUAACACAGUAAAAUAUAUAACCAAAGUAGCAAAGAAAACAUAUAAAGGCAAUAUGAUAACCAAUAAAAUUUAAAAUACAAAGCCAAUUAAAUGAGUAAGCUUCCAAUAAACUAUAAAUAGUAUACAGGUAAAAUAAUUGAUAGGGAUAUGUAUGAUAAUUAAGAGGACUUAGAAUUAAUCAGUUGA